AAAGAAGAAUGAAGAUGGCCAAAAAAUAAUUAAAAAAAAAAAAGAAAAACAAGAAGAAAGAAUAAUGAAGGGAGUUGGAUCUGAGUUCUUUAUGUGUUAUCUUAAUGGGUUUUAAUAUAAAUUUUGAUUUGAUCUUUAUGAUGUGCUUGAAGUUACACGUAUUAAAGCAAGGAGCCAGAACUGUGAAAUGUUUAUGCACCUAGAUGUGAACACAGAAAUAUAUCCCAUGCAUGUAGGUGAAAAAUUUACAAUGGCAUUAGCUCACACAUUGAAUAUGGAUGGAACACCAGAUACUAGCUAUUACGAUCAGGGGUGGGAGGAAGUCUCUUGCAGACAAGUAUGAAUAUAUCAUGCAUGGGAAGCUAUACAAAAUCUCAGAUGAAAGCUCAGGAAAACUGCUUAAAGCGUGUGUAUUUAUCUUCAUG